AAGCGUUAAAGUUUAACGGUUUUUCUAUGGGUUAAGCUAAUUUAAAUUAAAUAAUCCCAUGGAAGUGGACAAGGUAUUUUUAUUUGAUGACUUUGUCACUAAAGAUAGUAUUUACCUUAUAGAACCUAAGGUUGUAGAAAAAGGCAACCAAUCUCUUUUAGACACUCAAACUACCUUUGAAAAUAUACAAAGUUCUCCUAAACCAAAAAAUAAUAAAGAAGAAGAGAAAAAUGAUUGUCGAGUUAAGACUGCAGAUAAAGAAAGCAAUAAAGAAAAUAAAGCAAUUAAUACAGAUGUUGAUAAUGAUGACGACGAAAAUAAUAAAAAACCCAAAGAGAAUUCAAAAAGCAAAGUAAAAAAUCAUGAAGUUAGAAGAUCCAAAAGAAGUAGACAAGAAAUUCUCCCAAUAGUUGAUGACGAUUCAUCAAACACUCCUGAAGGUGAAGAAGUUGAAUCAAACAAAUAUAAUGGAAUUAAAACAGAAUCUAAAAUCAAUGAUGGAGAUGAAGACAAUUCCGAUCGUGGAGAUGAAAGUGAAGGUUUCUUCUGCAAUAUUAAGGAAGAAGGAAGGGACAGUGACUUUUCUAAAGAAGAAGAUAAAAAUUCCUUACACAAUAAAGACAAUGAAAUAGAUAGGGAUGAAGCCAUGUUUGAGACCAAAAUCGAAGUGGAAUACCAUGGGGUUGAAAAUAAUUAUAUUAGAUCAGAUAAAUCAAGAUCUAAAAUCAACGAUAGCGAUGAAGAAAGUUACAAUUCCGAUCGUGGAGAUGAAAGUGAAGGUUCCUUCUGCAAUAUUAAGGAAGAAGGAAGGGACAGUGACUUUUCUGAAGAAGAAGAUAAAAAUUCCUUACACAAUAAAGACGAAGAAAUAGAUAAGGAUGAAGCCAUGUUUGAGACAAAAAUCGAAGUGGAAUACCAUGGGGUUGAAAAUAAUUAUAUUAAAUCAGAGAAAUCAAGAUCUAAAAUUAACGAUAGCGAUGAAGAAAGUUACAAUUCCGAUCGUGCAGAUGAAAGUGAAGUUUCCUUCUGCAAUAUUAAGGAAGAAGGAAGGGAUAGUGACUUUUCUGAAGAAGAAGAUAAAAAUUCCUUACACAACAAAGACAAAGAAAUAGAUAAGGAUGAAGCCAUGUUUGAGACAAAAAUCGAAGUGGAAUACCAUGGGGUUGAAAAUAAUUAUAUUAGAUCAGAUAAAUCAAGAUCUAAAAUUAACGAUAGCGAUGAAGAAAGUUACAAUUCCGAUCGUGCAGAUGAAAGUGAAGUUUCCUUCUGCAAUAUUAAGGAAGAAGGAAGGGACAGUGACUUUUCUGAAGAAGAAGAUAAAAAUUCCUUACACAAUAAAGACAAAGAAAAGGAUAAGGAUGAAGCCAUGUUUGAGACAAAAAUCGAAGUGGAAUACCAUGGGGUUGAAAAUAAUUAUAUUAGAUCAGAUAAAUCAAGGGACGCAGAUGAUUUUAUAAAAAAAGAAAACUUAGAAAAUACAACCCCUCCCAGAAAGAGAAAAAGGGAAUCAUUAAAAGUAGACAAUUCCGACGUCUUCGAAAACCAUUGUCCGCAUUGCCCAAAAGCGUACUCAAAAAAAGGUCUUUUAAAAAACCACAUCAAAAAUAAACAUGGCGGCUCCACACAAAGAAAAAAAUACAUGUGUCCGCAUUGCGACAAAGAAUUCUUACACAAACAAUCUAUCACGGAACACAUAAAAAUAAAACACGAAGGUUUUAAAUACCGUUGCCCACAUUGCCCAAAUACGUACAGCGGUUCUGUUAACUUGGAAAACCACGUGCAAAUCAAACACGCCGUUCAAAAAAAAGAAUACAAGUGUGCACAUUGCGACGAAAUAUUCCCGGAUAAGUACCGCAGAAAAAGGCAUGCGCGCUUGCGGCACACCGAGAAAGUAGUGACAAAAACAACAUCUAUUUGCCCAUAUUGUGAUCGAAUUUUUUUUUCUCACGCCAAUCGACGUAUUCAUAUUAAAGUACAGCACGAAGGAUUUACAUUCAAUUGCGAACAUUGCCCGAAAGCUUUUAGGACAAGAACAAGUUUACGAGUUCACCUUAAAAAAAAACAUGGCGGUCCCUUACAAAGCACAAACAAAGAAUAUAAAUGUCCACAUUGCGGCAAAUUAUUUUCUUGUCAAAAUAGUUUAAUGAGGCACAUAAAAAUACAACAUGACCGACAAGGGGAGAACUUCAAAUGUCCACAGUGCGACAAAAAAUUUACCUAUAAGGAAAACAUGAAGAGACAUAUAAACUCGCGACACAAUCCAAAAGGCAAAAAAGAAUACAAAUGCCCUCAAUGCGACAAAAAACUAACAACUGCAAGAGGUUUGAACAUUCAUAUAGAAAAUCAACAUACUAACGCAGAAAAAAAAUACAAAUGUUCGGAUUGUGAUCAAAAAUUCUUCCACUCAUCUAAUUUGCAAACACACAUACAAUCAAAACACAGUGGUUUAAAAUUUAGUUGUAAACAUUGCUCAAAAACUUACACCACAAAUCAAAGCUUAAAAGUCCACGUUCGUGGAAAGCACGCCAAAGAAUAAGGUCCCUAAACGAUAAAAAGUCUACUGCCUCGGUCAUAAUAUGACCUUUCUCGGCCCGGUCUAUAAUAUACUAUGUUAAAUAACUUUUUGGCAAAUGCCAAACAUUUUGUUGCAAUAUGAAUACAUGUUUUACAGUUA